UAAAAGAAAGACCGCUGAACAGUUGCAUGGUCCCAAUGGCCUACAGCUUGUCAGGUUGUCAGUCAGGUUUGAUGUUGACUGACUUCUAUUUAUUCCCUUCAAUCUCUUCCCUCCCUCUUCAUUUCCCACAAAGCAAUUCCUUUCAAGGGGGGAAAAAUGGCUCUUUUGGGGUUUCUUCUAGUUGGGUUUCUCUCUAUCGUCUCAUCUGUUCAUGGGUAUUAUGGAGGCUGGAUUAACGCUCAUGCAACUUUCUAUGGUGGCGGUGAUGCUUCUGGCACAAUGGGUGGAGCUUGUGGCUACGGGAACCUGUACAGUCAGGGCUAUGGAAUUAACACAGCAGCAUUAAGUACUGCACUGUUUGACAAUGGCUUGAGCUGUGGAGCUUGCUUUGAGCUAAGGUGUGUGAAUGAUCCACAGUGGUGCUUGCCCGGCACCAUCACAGUCACCGCUACCAACUUCUGCCCACCAGGAGGCUGGUGUGACCCUCCUAACCAUCACUUUGAUCUCUCUCAACCUAUCUUUGAACACAUUGCCCAAUACAGAGCUGGUAUCGUCCCAGUGGCUUACAGAAGGGUAAGGUGCAAGAGAAGUGGAGGAAUUAGGUUCGCCAUUAAUGGCCAUUCCUACUUCAAUUUAGUUCUAAUAACAAAUGUAGGUGGAGCCGGUGAUGUGCAUGCAGUAUCCAUAAAGGGUUCGAGAACAAGAUGGCAAGCAAUGUCGAGAAACUGGGGUCAGAACUGGCAAAGUAACUCUUACCUUAAUGGACAGAGUCUCUCUUUUCUAGUUACUGCUAGUGAUGGCCGCAGCGUGCUAUCUUACAAUGUUGCCCCUGCUGGUUGGUCCUUUGGCCAGACAUACACUGGAAGGCAAUUUCGCUAUUAGAAAAAUUGAGGCCUAUAUAUAUAUAUCAUGGCCACUUGAGAUGGUACGAUGGCAAGACUAUGGAUUAAAUAACUACUGAUUAUGAUUAAAUCAAUGUUUGGUAAAUAGGGUAUAGUUAGAAGAAUUUUACAUGCUCUGCACUUAAAAAAUUUUACUGGGUCAAUCUUUGUUAAUUUUGCAGUUAAUAAUGCUUAUGUUGGCAUUGGAUUGAAGCCUCAAGGCUUAAAUAUUUAUUAACUGCUACAGAAGGAAAAGACGAGAGAGAGAGAGAGAGAGAGAGAGAGAGAGAGAGAGAGAGAGCUUGUAAAAUCAGUUUGAUUGUUGCUAUUUACAUCAAAUUAUAUAAACACGAAUGGUUUUGUGAGAA